CGCCAGCCGUAGCGAAGGCCCAUCCACAUAACUUAGAAAUCCAGCGGGGAGCUGUGGGAAGCCGGAGUUAGCCCUCCCUACUAUCUCAGCAUCCUUCCCAGCAGUAGGGGGAAAAAGGAGAAGCCAAACAGGCAAAAGUUUUUCUCUGACUCGCGAAAAGAGGAGUCGACAUGGAUGAGAAGGAGCUGUUUGUGAGCAUAAACGAAAAGACAUUCUCCACACGGUAGAAGGAUGAUAACUUAGCUAGCACUUAGUGUUGUUUUGUAUGAGAGGACAGGAAAACCACGACUGUGGGAAAGUUUCAAGCAGGGACUGGCUAUGGCGCGAGAGGGCGAAGAGCCCGGGACGGCCAGAGCUCCACAAGCCGCAAGGCAGAGAAAGAAGAAACCAAAGGAGAACAAAACCAGGACAGUCCACGCCAACAUACUGUAUGACAACGCCAAAGGGUCGGAAAACCCGAACCGGAACUAUGCAAACAACAAGAUUAAGACGACCAAAUACACUGUGCUGUCUUUCCUGCCAAAGAAUCUGUUCGAACAGUUCCACAGAUUUGCUAAUGUCUACUUUGUUUUCAUCGCUUUGCUGAAUUUCGUUCCAGUUGUCAGUGCCUUUCAGCCAGAACUAGCUCUGGCUCCUGUAGUUUUCAUCUUGUCUGUCACUGCCAUCAAAGACUUAUGGGAGGACUACAGAAGACACAGGUCGGACCGAGAAAUCAAUCACAUGGAUUGUCUGGCGUACAGCAGAGCGGACAGACGAUACGUGGAGAGGUACUGGAAGGAGGUUCGGGUGGGAGACUUCAUCAGGCUGCGAUGUAACGAGAUCCUCCCCGCCGAUGUUCUGCUGCUGAGCUCCAGUGACCCCGACCGCCUGUGCCACAUUGAGACCGCCACACUGGACGGGGAGACCAACCUCAAGCAGAGGCAGGUCGUCCGCAGCUUCCUUGACCUGGAUUGUGAUUUUGACCCCUUAAAGUACAACGGCAUGAUUGAAUGUGAGAAACCCAACAACGACCUGAACAGAUUCCGAGGCUACAUAGUCCAUCGAAGUGGCCGAAGAGAUGCACUUUACAAAGAGAACCUGCUGCUGAGAGGCUGCACUAUCCGCAACACCGAAGAGGCUGUGGGAAUAGUCAUUUACGCAGGUCACGAGACCAAAGCCAUGCUUAACAACAACGGCCCGCGCUACAAGCGCAGUAAACUGGAGAGACAGAUGAAUGUAGAUGUGUUCUGGUGUGUCAUCAUCCUGCUGGUCAUGUGCCUGUUUACUGCUGUUGGUCAUGGGCUGUGGAUGUUUCAGUACGGAGAUAAGAGACCUGUGUUUGACGUUCUUAGUCCAGAGGGGACAGACUUAUCACCCAUCAUGUCAGCCAUUUAUCUCUUCCUUACCAUGAUCAUCGUCUUUCAGGUGCUGAUCCCUAUCUCCCUUUUUGUGUCGAUUGAAAUUGUCAAGAUCUGCCAAGUGUACUUCAUCCAUCAGGACAUGGAUCUGUACGACGAGGAGACGGACUCUCACCUGCAGUGCAGGGCUCUAAAUAUCACCGAGGAUCUCGGCCAGAUGCAAUACAUCUUCUCUGACAAGACGGGCACGUUGACGGAGAACAAGAUGGUGUUUCGCCGCUGCACUGUGGCAGGGGUAGAGUACUCCCAUGAUGCCAAUGCUAGAAGACUGGCUAUGUACCAGGAGAUGGAUUCUGAGGAGGAAGACUGUACGUCUCACGGUGGCACCCUGCCCAGGCGGGACAGUAUGACCAGCCACCAGAGCGCCCGGGUGGUGCUGCGCACCCAGAGCACCAAGUCCCACCGCAGGACGGGGAGCAGGGCGGAGGCCAAGCGAGCCAGCAUCCUGUCUAAGCACACAGCUUUCAGCAGCCCCAUGGAGAAAGAUAUCACCCCUGACCCUCAGCUUCUAGACAAAGUCAAUGAAUGCAGCAGUCAGAUGGACUUCAUGCGCUUCCACAGCCAGCCCAUGUCCCAGCUGCCCUCUGAACUCGCUGACAUCAUUGAUUUCUUCAUCGCUCUCACCAUCUGCAACACGGUGGUGGUGUCUUCUCCCAACCAGCCCAGGCAAAAGGUCCGGAUGAGGUUUGAGCUGAAGUCCCCAGUUAAGACUAUCGAGGACUUCAUUAAGCGCUUCACCCCAAGCCGACUGACCUCAGGCUCCAACAGUAGCAGCUCCUCCAGCCUCAUCACCAACCGCUCCUCCAACAAGGGCUGCUCCAGCUUGCUGUCCUCCCCCUCUGCAGAAAGCACGCUCACCAAACUGGACGAGGAGCAGCCUCCCCAAGGCCCCGAGCAUUCCUUCGGCCCCGUCCCACCCUGCUACAACGGGAAGGCGUGGAACCCGGACGACGGAGAACUGCGCUACGAGGCGGAGUCGCCUGAUGAGGCUGCGCUGGUCUAUGCCGCCAGGGCCUACAAGUGCUCCCUCGUCGGACGCCUCCCAGACCAGGUGACCGUGGAACUGCCACACCUGGGGAAGUUGAGCUUUGAGCUGCUGCACACACUGGGCUUCGACUCCACCAGGAAACGCAUGUCCGUGGUGGUGAGACACCCUCUGACGGAUCAGAUCACGGUCUACACUAAAGGAGCAGACUCUGCCAUCAUGGACCUCAUCAAACCCCCCGACACAGGAAGCUCCAAAGGGAAACGCCAGAAAAAGAUUGUCAGCCGGACCCAAAACUACCUGAACCUGUAUGCUGCAGAUGGCCUUCGCACAUUGUGCAUUGCAAAAAAGAUUCUGAGCAAGGAGCAGUAUGCCUGCUGGCUGCAGCACCACCUGCAGGCUGAGACCGCCAUCCAGGGAAGAGAGGAGCUCCUCUUUGACUCUGCCCUGCGACUGGAGACAAACCUCCAGCUUCUGGGAGCGACGGGCAUUGAGGACCGGCUGCAGGACGGUGUGCCUGAAACCAUAGCUUCUCUGCGGAUGGCCGGCCUGCAGAUAUGGGUGCUGACGGGCGACAAACAAGAGACGGCCGUCAACAUUGCGUACGCCUGCAAGCUGCUGGACCCUGAGGAGGAGAUCCUGACACUGAAUGCUGAUUCUCAGGAGGCAUGUGCGUUGCUGCUGGAGGAGAGUUUACACUACAUCCAAGCCAAAUUCCUCUGCAGCUCCACAGACCAAGCCACCAAGGCCUUCCACAGUAACUUUGCACCCUUUGAGAUCUAUCCGUCCUCAUCUCCAUCCUCAUCCUCCCACACCACUCCCUUCACAGUGCACCAACUGGGCCUGGUCAUUGAUGGGCGGACCUUGGCCUAUGCCCUGGAUAAGAGUUUGGAGGAUAAGUUUCUGGCUGUGGCACGGAGCUGCCGCUCAGUGCUUUGCUGCCGCUCCACGCCGCUGCAGAAGAGCAUGGUGGUCAAACUGGUGCGGAACAAGCUGAAAGUCAUGACUCUGGCCAUAGGUGACGGGGCCAACGAUGUCAGCAUGAUCCAGGUAGCGGACGUGGGCGUGGGCAUCUCUGGACAGGAGGGCAUGCAGGCGGUGAUGGCGAGUGACUUUGCCCUCCCGCGUUUCCGCUAUCUCCAGAAGCUCUUGCUGGUCCACGGACACUGGUGCUACUCCCGCCUGGCCAACAUGAUUCUAUAUUUCUUCUACAAGAAUGCUAUGUUUGUAGCGCUCAUCUUCUGGUAUCAGUUCUACUGCGGUUUCUCAGGUUCAGCCAUGAUUGACCAGUGGUAUCUUAUCUUCUUCAACCUGAUGUUCUCCGCCUUCCCACAACUCAUCACUGGCACUCUGGACAAGGACGUGUCAGCAGAGACUCUCCAACAACUACCUCAGCUGUAUGUGAACGGCCAAAACUCAGAGGAAUACAAGCCAUAUAUGUUCUGGAUGAACAUGAUCGAUGCCUUCUACCAAAGUCUGGUCUGCUUCUUCAUUCCUUACUUUGCCUAUGCUGACUCUGACGUGGAUCUGUUUACAUGGGGAACGCCAAUCACCACCCUCGCUUUAUUCACAAUUCUGGUGCAUUUGGGCAUUGAGACCAAAACCUGGACCUGGAUGAACUGGCUGUCCAUCGCCUUCAGCAUAGCUUUGUUCUUCACCGUGGCUCUGUGCUACAACGCCUCCUGUCCCACCUGCUACACCCCCUCUAACCCCUACUGGACCAUGCAGAGGCUGCUGCAGGACCCCCUCUUCUACCUGCUCUGUGUCAUCACACCUGGAGCAGCGCUGCUGCCCAGAUAUUUCUACAGGGCGUGUCAAGGCACGCUGUUUCCCAGCCCCGUCCAAGUUGGAAGACAGUUGGACAAACUCCCCACUGAAACUCGCCGGAACAUUCUGAGCCUCAGCAGGUUCAAGGUGGGGUCAGCGCUCAGCCCCAAGCCUCCCUUCCUGUCCCUCAGCAAGUCUUCUCCUAAAGGUUGCAAUAAAAAAGACCCGAGGAGGUUCCCCAGCUCCGAGACAUCACAGGGGCCCGCUUUACAGGGCCGGAGAAGCCCGCUGCCGCCCGCAGACGGCAAUAAGGGCCCUUCAGAUCUCUACACUAUAGUUCCUACAGAAAAAGACCCUCUUCCUUACCCCAAAGACGAGCCACAGCCUUCUUCCACCACAGACUCGGAGUGCCUGGAUAAGACUUUAGAGGCGUCAGAUGGGAGUCUGUCUCGCUGGAUCACCUCCACGCCUCUGCUCUCUCAGACAGGCAGCAUUCAGCUGGACCUGCCCCCCGCCGGAGACUCCCGGUGCGUCAAAUACACCAGGAUCUCAGACCAGAGACUACAGUCGGACCACAGCGUUCGUCCAGCACAGAGGACAGAGCAGGCGGAGGAACAGUCGCUGCACACCACUCUGUGAUGUCUCCCAGUCUGAACUAGCUUACUCAAACAACAAUUUGCACGAUAGAUUUUU